CCUUUUCAGGUUUCUCGCGCAGUCUCGCGGGACUUUCGGGUUUCCGAAUUCAGUCGGCGCUGUGUACGAUAGUGUGCUUCAUGGCGGUGGCGGUGGCUGCGGGGGGCGAACUUCUAACCAUGGAGAAUGGACAGGGCACUGGUGCCAAGCUUGGCCUGCCUCCUCUCACACCAGAGCAACAGGAGGCCCUGCAGAAGGCGAAGAAGUAUGCCAUGGAGCAGAGUAUAAAAAGUGUGCUGGUGAAGCAGACCAUCGCUCACCAGCAGCAGCAACUGACCAACCUACAGAUGGCAGCAGUGACAAUGGGCUUUGGAGAUCCUCUCUCACCUUUACAAUCGGUGGCAGCCCAGCGGCAGCGCGCGCUCGCCAUCAUGUGCCGGGUGUACGUGGGCUCCAUUUAUUACGAGCUGGGGGAGGACACCAUCAGGCAGGCCUUUGCCCCCUUCGGACCCAUCAAGAGCAUUGACAUGUCCUGGGAUUCUGUUACUAUGAAGCAUAAGGGCUUUGCCUUUGUGGAGUAUGAGGUACCAGAGGCCGCACAGCUUGCCUUGGAGCAGAUGAACUCUGUAAUGCUCGGAGGGAGGAACAUCAAGGUGGGGCGGCCAAGUAACAUCGGCCAGGCGCAGCCCAUCAUCGAUCAGCUGGCAGAAGAGGCUCGCGCCUUUAACCGGAUCUACGUGGCGUCCGUCCACCCUGACCUCUCAGACGAGGACAUCAAGAGCGUCUUCGAAGCCUUUGGGAAGAUCAAGUCCUGCACAUUGGCCAGGGACCCUACCACAGGAAAGCACAAGGGCUACGGCUUCAUUGAGUAUGAAAAGGCCCAGUCAUCCCAGGAUGCGGUUUCUUCUAUGAACCUCUUUGACCUGGGUGGCCAAUAUCUACGAGUAGGCAAAGCGGUGACCCCACCUAUGCCCCUCCUGACUCCCACGACCCCAGGUGGUCUGCCUCCCGCAGCUGCUGUGGCUGCUGCUGCCGCAACUGCAAAAAUCACAGCACAGGAGGCCGUGGCGGGAGUGUCUGUGCUGGGGGCUCUGGCCUCACCCCUGUCCCUCAGCCAGCAGCUCAGCCUUCCCCAGGCUGUCAUGGCUGCCCAGGCACCGGGAGUCAUCACAGGUGUGACACCAGUACGGCCGGCGCUCCCAGUGCUGCCCCAGGUCGGCCUGGUGAACCCAGUGCUGGCCUCGCCGCCCGUGCUGGCCACGGCGCCGGCUGCCGCCCAGGAAGCCAAGAAGGAGGAGGAGGAGCAGGCGUCCCAGGAUGGGGCAGCCCAGGAGAUGCUGAGCGAGCAGGAGCACAUGAGCAUCUCGGGCAGCAGUGCCAGACACAUGGUAAUGCAGAAGCUGCUGCGAAAACAAGAGUCUACCGUAAUGGUUCUGCGGAACAUGGUGGGGCCCGAGGAUAUCGACGACGACCUGGAAGGUGAGGUCACAGAGGAGUGCGGCAAGUUUGGCACGGUCAACAGGGUCAUCAUCUACCAGGAGAAGCAGGGCGAGGAGGAGGAUGCCGAGAUCAUCGUCAAGAUCUUUGUGGAGUUCUCCAUGGCUUCCGAGAUGAACAAGGCCAUCCAGGCACUCAACAACCGCUGGUUUGCUGGUCGUAAGGUCGUCGCUGAGGUGUAUGACCAGGAGCGCUUCAACAACAGUGACCUUUCUGCAUAGGACUCUGCGCCGCCUUGUCCCCCACACCCACUGCGAUCAGUCAUGCACGGCCCCCGCCUCUGCCACUAGUGACCUGGGCCUCUUUUAAACUUGUAAUUACUUUUUUAUUGAUGUUGAUAUUAAUAUUAUUAACCAUCCCUUUUGGGGAUUUUGGAAAAGCCUCAUGGAAGCCCCCCCCCCCCCCAAAUUCUCCUGUCACCUGCUGUAAAAGACUCAAUUUUUUUUGUUUUUUUGUUUUUCUUUUUGCUAUUCGAAAACGUCAUAAGCUGGUUAUCGUUCAUUUGCGAUUAUUUUUUUUUUUAUGAUGACCAAAGGUGGCUCCUGUAAGGACUUGAAUACCUUGCUCCAGAGCUAUUGGUACCAGUUGCCCAGAACAAUAAAUUCUUCAAAUAUGAAA